CAGAUUAUGAAUGGGACGCGGCCCAUCCCAGAACCAGUCGAAGCCACAUCGCUGACCUACAAAGUGAUAGCGUUAAUAUUUUGAUAAUAGAGAGGUGUGAGCUCGGUGCACUGUAUGGUUAAUCUGUAGAAGUGCACAAAGUAAACAACCUAGUGUUCACCUUUGCUCUUGACAUCUUUAUUUAGUAUUAUUAAGUUAUCCAGGGAGGGCAGAUGGCGGCGAUGAGAAGUGUGAAGCUCUCUGGGGUCUGUUCCCAAGCAGUGAGACAGAUGACAGGGAUGAACGCAUGCCGGUUGCUUCAACAACGGAGCUUCAGGGUUCAUGGGGUGCGCCGGCAGCAGACCUUUGACCCCACAGACAAGCCUCAGUUCCCCGGAGCCUCUGCUGAGUUUAUAGACCGUCUGGAGUUCAUCCAGCCGAACGUCAUCUCGGGGAUCCCCAUUUACCGGGUGAUGGACCGGCAGGGACAGAUCAUCAACCCCUCAGAGGACCCGCAGCUUUCCAAAGAGACCGUGCGGAAUUUCUACCAGAAAAUGACUCUCCUCAACACCAUGGAUCGGAUUCUGUAUGAAUCUCAGAGACAGGGUCGAAUCUCGUUCUACAUGACCAACUACGGAGAGGAGGGGACCCACAUCGGCAGCGCGGCGGCCCUGGAGCCUAGUGACCUGGUGUUUGGACAGUACAGAGAAGCAGGCGUGCUGCUGUACCGUGGCUUCCCCCUGGACUCCUUCAUGGCCCAGUGCUACGCCAACGCAGAUGACCUGGGGAAGGGACGCCAGAUGCCGGUCCACUACGGCAGCAAGGACCUCCACUUUGUCACCAUCUCCUCCCCGCUCGCCACCCAGAUACCCCAGGCGGCCGGCUCGGCCUACGCUCUGAAGCGAGAGAACCUGAACCGCGCGGUCAUCUGCUACUUCGGCGAGGGCGCGGCCAGCGAGGGGGACGCCCACGCCGGCUUCAACUUCUCCGCCACCCUGGAGUGCCCGCUCAUCUUCUUCUGCAGGAACAACGGCUACGCCAUCUCCACGCCCACCAACGAGCAGUACCGCGGCGACGGCAUCGCCGCACGCGGGCCCGGCUACGGCAUGAUGUCCAUCCGCGUGGACGGCAACGACGUGUUUGCCGUCUACAACGCCACGAAGGAGGCCCGGCGCCGGGCAGUGGCAGAGAACCAGCCCUUCCUCAUCGAGGCCAUGACCUACAGGAUCGGCCACCACAGCACCAGUGACGACAGCUCGGCCUACCGCUCGGUGGACGAGGUCAACUACUGGGACAAGCAGGACCACCCCAUCUCCCGCCUGCGCCACUACAUGACGGAGCGAGGCUGGUGGGGCGAGGACGACGAGCGCUCCUGGAGGAAGGAGUCCCGCAAGAUGGUGAUGGAGGCCUUCGAGAAGGCCGAGAAGCGCCACAAGCCCCGGCCCGACCUGCUCUUCACCGACGUCUACAAGGAGAUGACGCCCAACCUGACCAAGCAGCGCGACAGCAUGUGGAAACACGUGAAGCAGUACAAGGAGCACUACCCGCUGGAGGCGUACGAGAAGUAACACACCCGCACGCAGGGCUGGCCCGGCGGGAGGCCGUGCGACGCCCCUCCUGAGUCUAACCCCCCCCCCCGGUGGGAGAGAGAGAGAGGGUUGGUGGGUUUGGUAUGUUUAGAGUUCUAGUUUUGAUAAGACUUCACUGUAUCCUCUCUACGGAGAGAAGGGGUGGUGUGUGUGUGUGUGGGUACCUUCACGAUGUAUUCCAGCUCUAGAUUUUGUGCCUUAUGUUACAGUGACUUUGAAGGUUACCAACCUUCUUCCUAUAGUACCUUUUUUCCAUUCAUCAAUCUGUUGUACACCAUAUUAUACUACAUUACCCUAGAAAUGUACAAACUGAGCAAUAAAUACUACAACCAUGAACUAUAACCUAGUUGUUCCUAGAGGAACAGUGCUUUCCCCCCCCCCUUAUAGAAACUAUCAACCUUAUUUCUGUUACAACACAUCCUUGAGUGUCUGGUCUUCAGUGUAAUAAGUUAACGAAACAUGUUUGUCUGUUUGAAACGCUAAUAAAAAAAUAAUGGAAGAUUC